AUGAACACAGCGGCGAAUGGGCUUCAAGUCUUCAACCAAAAUGACAAUGGCUGGGACCAGGGGCAGAUCAUGAUGACGCCGGACAAGGUGUGGUUGUCGCCCUAUGGGUGGUCGCAAGCCAUGCUCUCCAAGCAUGCCAAGGACUUUGACGUGCCACUGCAUGUAAAGAUCCAUGGAGAGCAACGUCGCCUGGAAGUUGGUGCAUACAGGUCGGCCAAAGGUGUCGGUCUUCGAUUGGUGCAUUGGGAAGGGACAGAUUUGGAGGUAAACAUCACCGGAAGGUGCCUUGGCGCCUUGCGUUUUGUGGUGGCUGAGAUCUUGACGGCUCCAUCCAUGCAGGCUUUGAAUUCUCCAUUGGAGCCGGAGUUGGUGAAGCCUCAGCCCUGGCCCGUCACGCUGCUGCCGAACCUGCUGCGGCUCCAGCUGCCGGGCUACGCCUUGGUGACGCUGGAGCUUAGGGAACUCCGAGGUCAAGUCUUCAUCGCUUGA